GUGGUGGGCUUGGACAAUCUGGUCUCCUCAAACUCUGCAACUGCUGCAGCUUCCAACAAUGGCAGCUUUGCUCUAGACAACACUACUGCUGAGAACAGCAAGCCUAAAUGGUAUGGAUCUGGGUUCCUAAAGCAAGAAAGGGCAAUAAAUGAAGAUGAUUUCAGGGACUUUAAGGUGGCCAAGACUUCUUCUUGUGGGGAGACAUUGAUGAAAAUUCCUUUGCAGAGAUCUAACACCACUAGUCUUUCUGAAGGCCAUCAGCAAAUGCUCAGCUUCUCCUCUCCCACCUCUCAGACUGUGACAUUUCCUUAUUAUCACCCCACAUCAACUGGUUUUAGUAGAAACACAGGGUAUGGCUCUACAGGGAUAAAUGCUGCAAGCAUGCAGGGGGUAGUAUCAGGGUUCAGAGGGCCUUUUACUCCAUCACAGUGGAUGGAAUUAGAGCAUCAAGCCUUGAUCUACAAGUACAUAACUGCUAAUGUGCCUAUACCUUCUUAUCUUCUCAAUCCGAUCAGAAAGGCUUUUGACACUGCUGGUUUUUCCACCUUUCCCGGCCUGAGAUCCAAUUCCUUGGGAUGGGGUGGUUUCCAUCUGGGAUUCUCCAACACUGAUCCUGAGCCGGGACGGUGCCGAAGGACUGAUGGGAAGAAAUGGCGGUGCUCGAGAGAUGCAGUAGCCGAUCAGAAAUACUGUGAGCGGCAUAUGAAUAGAGGCCGCCAUCGUUCAAGAAAGCCUGUGGAAGGCCAAUCUGGCCAUUCCGCCACUGGACUCACCACAACUAACGGCAAGCCACCUAUGGCUACAUCCUCAUCGACGUCUGUGGUGCCUCCUGGUGGUGUAUCCAACAGUCUCGGCCUUUCGCACCACCACCAACUAAGUAACUUGCAACCUGGUUCUAGCAAUCAUAUCCCAGGAAUAGGCAACAUCAACAGAAGUCUUCAAGACAAGGAAAAUGCUGAUGAGGCAUAUCGACACACAACAGUUCUGUCCAUGACAUCUCCGAAAGUCAGCCUCAAAGACAACCAGUUUUCUGUUCCCAAACAUCAGAAUGCAUAUGAAGAAUCCUCCCGCCAGGAGUUUGGAUUAGUCUGCUCUGAUUCUUUACUCAACCCUUUAGACAGGAGCUCAUCCCUUGUGAACUGCAGAAACUAUGGUACCCACCACAACCUCAACGAUCAUGAGAACAAAUCACAACAUGCACUCAGGCAAUUCAUGGACAACUGGCCAAAGAACCAACCAGAACAACGCACAGCCAUUUCAUGGCCCGAUGUUGAUCUCCAGCCAGACAGGACUCAGCUCUCCAUUUCCAUUCCUGUGGUCACAUCAGAUUUCAUGUCCUCUACUUCCUCUCCCACAAACGAAAAACUCACAGCUUCUCCACUACGUUUAUCUCAGGAGCUCAAAAUGGGAUUAGGUGUGGGCACUCUUGCUAGCGAACAAAACCAAAGGCAAACCAAUUGGGUGCCAAUUUCAUGGGAACCUUCAAUGGGAGGGCCUCUGGGAGAGGUCUUGCACACCACAAGCAACGGUGUGGCAGAUUGCAAGAAUGCGAAACCACUUAACCUCAUGGAUAGCUGGGAUAACAGCCCCAGGUUGGCAUCAUCCCCGACUGGGGUCCUGCAGAGGGGCGCCUUCGGAUCCCUCUCUAACAGCAGUGCUGGGAGCAGCCCGCGAGCCGAAAGCAGCAAGACUCUUGAUGGGGCUAGCCUCUGUAACGGACUUAUAGGUUCGGGACUCAUGAAUCCAUCACUGCCUGCACUUUAAUGCCAUCGAUAGGAACGUCAAAUCGGUCAUCAUCGAAUUUGUUAAUUUGUUUCAACUAGUAUGUAAUAGUUCAUUUCCAUGUUAUCACUGUGGCUUGCUGUAUCCAUUUGUGCCUCUCUAGUUGCUCAAACUCAGUUCAUCAGUAGUUGUGUCUUAAUAUUUUUGUCUGUCCUUGUGAUUUAAUUGCUCUUGUCUGGUGCAUUGUGCCCAUCACCAUUGUGAUUAGGUUGGUAGGAAGGAAACAUGCUGGUAAGUGGGGAUGAUGUAUUCAUAAGGUACGGGUUCUUGGUGGGCUAUAAAUUACAAUCACCCCCACCAUUAAAUUUUGUAUGUAUUUCAAACUUACAGUACUUCUGUAAACUUCUAUUUAGUGCUUAGCAUGA